CUUGUGCACCGUGAAAGCCAUGCGGGUGUGUUUCCCUUGCGUACAGCUGAUUCUUCAUCGGAAAAACUGACAUCAUGUCCUGGUUUCCAGAGAAGAAGACAAGUAAAUCAUGGAUACACCAGAUGUGUACAAAGAUCCUCAAAACUGGCCCUGUCCCCAAACAUGUGGCCAUCAUCAUGGAUGGAAAUAGGCGUUUCGCAAAGAAAAACAGCAUGGAGAGAGCAGAAGGACAUUUGAAGGGAUUUGAUAAGCUUGCAGAAACUUUGGAAUGGUGUCUUGAUCUUGGCAUAACAGAAGUAACAGUUUAUGCCUUCAGUAUUGAGAACUUCAAGCGUUCCAAAGAAGAGGUUGGGUGCCUCAUGGAAAUAGCAAGACAGAAGUUUGCUCGUCUAAUGCAGGAACGUGAGCUGAUUCAGAAGCAUGAGGUUUGUGUGAGGGUUCUGGGUAAUCUGUCUUUACUGCCUCCAGACAUACAACAGGUGGUAGCAGAAGCUGUUGACUUCUCUAAGAACAACACUAGGGCAAUAUUAAAUGUGUGCUUUGCAUACACCUCCAGAGAUGAAAUUUGUGCUGGCAUGCGAGAGCUGGCUGAGGGUGUCUCAAACGGACUCAUAAGAACCAGUGAUAUAUCAGAGGACCUCCUAGAUAAUUGUCUGUACACAAGGAAAUCCAAAGAUCCAGAUCUUCUCAUCCGAACAUCAGGAGAGGUGCGACUCAGUGACUUCCUUCUAUGGCAGACAGCAUACAGCUGCCUUGCCUUUGUGAGUGUACUGUGGCCCGAGUUCAGCAUUUGGCAUCUGUAUUCAGGUGUUCUACACUACCAGAAGAAUUAUCAGGCUCUCCAGGAUGCCAAGGAAAAGAAUGAUUCCGAGAAGGAGAGGAGACAGAGAGAAAGUGACUAUGAGAAUGUGCUGAAGGAGAUUAAACAAAGUGGUGUGGAUAGUAAUGAGGACAUAGUUAGUUUACAGCAUAGAGUACAACAAUAUGCAAAAGACAGGGAGACACGCAUACGCAGAUUUCUACUGCAUCUUGAUCACAAACAUGAACUGUUUUUCGAGAAUAUCCUUCACCAAAAUCAAACACUUACAGCAAAAUAAUGUUGAAUAUGUAUUAAUAAAUCUAGAUUUCAAUCAUGUAAAUAAUUUACUAUUUAUAAUUUUAAUUUGUUAUAUCAGUGGCCCAGUAAAUAGCAGUAUUUUCCCCUAUUUUUUUCCGCAGUCAUUUUGCUAAGGAAACCUAAGGGUCGGGAUGACCAUCCUGUGCCAUCUGCCUUACAUAAAUUGACAUUCCCUUAAAAACUGAUUGUCCAAUUUUGAUCUCAUUGGCCACAAGCGUCCUUGGGGCAAGGCAGUUUCAAAUGGCCAAAGUGUACCUUUUCAGUUUCAAAAUUGUGAAAUUUAGGGGCCUGGCUACACAAUGAGUCUGGGUAGUAGCCUCCAAAGGGGUAAAAUAUUGAAAAUUUGAACAAUGUUUUCAACUACCAGAAAUGUCAUCCCUUUUCAAGUGAUAUUGACAAAACCAUACAAAUUACAGGAAUUCAAUAUUUUCCUUAAAGUCCUUGGUUUACCUUCAUGGGCAGUUGUCAGAGGGAAGAUUACACAUUUAGAUGCUUCUUUUAAAUAAUUUAUUGUAAACUAGUUAAAAUAAUUAAUGAUACACUUCCUAAAAAAGUCUUAAUGUUUUUGAUGUUUUCAUAAUUGUUCCUGCUAUCACAGUUACAAUAUGUAUUUAUGGUUAGUUAGAUGACUAUCAAGACUAGGUUGGCAAGAUUGGCAUCUUGCUUAAUAAUCUGUUUUUCAAAAGAUUGUUUAAAAACACUGUUGCAGAAAAAAAGUGCUGCUUUUUACCCGUACUAUAGUACAUCUCAUGGUAAAUAUUAAAGUGUUUUACGUACUUUUAGGUCACCUAAGCCUCAUGGUGACCUAUUGCGAUCACCUUUGUCCAGCGCCAUGCAUCCAUAAACAUUUUAACAUCCCUGAACUGGUUUCAAUGAAAUUUUGCAAAAACCAAUAUAGUGAACACCAAUAUAGCUCCAUAGGGACCUGAAGGAUGGGGCCAAAAAUUUAUUCAAAUUUUAAUUUUAAAUCUUCUCAACACCAAGAUAUGCAGAAUCAUAUGCUCUUUAUGACUACACCAUUUAAAAGUGCUUUGUCAAAAUUGUGAAUUUCAUGGACCCAGGGUCCAUUUCUCUGUGGAGAGGAUGUAAAGUUUACUGUAGUAUAUGGGGAAAAUAGAUUUUUGAGUAGAAUUUUUUAAAUUUCCAUUGCAAAUAUUUCAAACUUGGUUAGAAUAAUGUAUGAAGGAUGAUGGCUUGAUGGUAUGCCCUUGUUGAUCCUGGCUGACCUCAAGGGGCUGUUGGACGGGUCAAAAGGGGUCAAUUGACUCGGAUUACAAAAAUAUUCUCUUAACACCCAGAUAUAAUAGAAUCAAAGUCCUUCAUGGAUGAAAGUGUCUUAAGGUGCUUUACCAAAAUUGUGAAUUCCCUGUGGGGUCUUCAGGUGCUUUAAUUACGAAAAUGGGUCUCACAUUGUUUCCUGGGGAAAGAGGUUAAUUUACUAAAAUUUUUAUAGAAAAAUAGCAUUUUUGAACAUGUUUAUUUCCAACUGGAAGUAACUUUGCAAGAAUGAUUAAUAUAGGAUGACAGUUUUGAUGGUAUGCAUAUAUUGCAACUGGUUAACCAUCAUCUAUGUCACAAUUUCCUUUUCAUGGCAAUUGAAAGCUACUUGCCCUUUAACCUUAAUAUUCAAUAUUGCAUAUCUCAGGUGACUGUCAAAGUUGCUAGGCCUCUUGUUGAUACAAGAAAUUCAUUAUAUUCAAAUGAAAGGAAAAGAGGUGUUAGCCAUUGAUUAAAAGUGCAAUGUCCUUUGUGACGACUUUUGUUGAUGUUAGAUUAAAGGUGCCAUUACAGAUGUUGGUUAAGUUUUUUGUAGGUGGCUGAAUAGUGCAAGGCUAUAAAAUCAUGUUAUUUGGUAGCUCAUUGUUCAUGUGUCUGUUUUUAUUUAUGAAAAACAUCUUUCUCAUUAUUGAAAGGAAGAGUUUUGUUGACCUCAAAAUAAAUCAAUAAAUUAAAUAAAAUUAAUUGAAUAAAGCUUUGUUAAUCUUU